AUGUCUCUUAUUGUCUUUUUGGGUCUCCUACUGGCAUCUGGAGGCUUUCCACUUGUUCGGAGCACCUGUCCUACACAGUGCAGCUGCUUUUAUCAUAACUUGAGUGAUGGAUCAAGAGCCAGGAGCGUGAUUUGCAAUGAUCCAGAGAUUUCCCUGGUGCCCGCCUCAUUCCCAGGCGACACAUGCAAACUUCGCAUUGAAAAGACUGCCAUCAAGAGGAUCCCGAGCGAGGCUUUUAGUUACCUCUCAAACUUAGAAUUCCUCUGGAUGUCAUUUAACGUUUUAUCCUCUCUGAACUCGGACAGUUUCCGCGGCCUGUACAGUUUAGAGGAGCUAAGGCUGGAUGGAAAUUCGCUCUCUUCCUUUCCGUGGGAGUCCCUGAUGGACAUGCCGAGUCUGAGGCUCCUUGAUAUCCACAACAACCAGCUCUCCUCAUUGCCUUCUGAAGCUGCUCUCUACAUGAAAAACAUCACCUAUCUGGAUUUAUCCAGUAAUAAUCUGCUGACGGUACCAGCCGAAGUUCUCAAUACUUGGUUGACAAUUAAACCCACCCUGGGAGUAGAAAGUUCAAAAAUGAUUCUUGGUCUUCAUGAUAACCCCUGGCUGUGCGACUGUCGUUUAUAUGACCUGGUCCAGUUCCAGAAGUCUCCCAGUCUGUCAGUGGCUUUCAUUGACACGAGGCUCAGGUGUGCUGAUCCAGAGAGUCUGUCUGGAGUUCUGUUCAGUGAUGCUGAGCUCCGUCGCUGCCAAGGACCUCGGGUUCACACCGCUGUGGCCCGUGUAAGAAGUGCAGUGGGAAACAAUGUCUUGCUGCGAUGCGGAACCGUUGGGGUUCCCAUCCCCGAGCUGGCCUGGAGAAGGGCAGAUGGGAAGCCACUCAACGGGACAGUUCUACUGGAGAAUUCGAAAGAGGGAAUUGUUUGGUCUAUUUUAAGCGUACCUGCUGUAUCCUAUCGUGACACUGGAAAAUACAUCUGCAAAGCUACAAAUUAUGCAGGCAGUGCAGAAGCUGUGAUUUCUUUAAUCAUAAAUGAUGCACCCAAAAUGGAAAAUCCAACCCUGGAUCCAAAACCCAAACUAAAGUCCAAAAAGCCAAACACAAUGGUCAAAGCAGCCUAUCAAGAAAAACACAUUGCCACUUAUGUUUCCCCAACACCUAAAAAUGGACUACCACUCAGUGGCACAGCGAGCUACACAGGCCCGUAUCCCGGAAUGGAGAGCGACAAUGCUGCUAAUAGUCGGAUGAAUACCCAAACAGCCAGUCCAGAUGGAUUCUUGGAGACCAAUCUGAGCAACUUAGCCGCAAACACAUCCUCACUCCAGCAAGACCCUGACAGGGUAGUGCGCUCUGUGAAAGUGAUUGGUGAUACAGACUACACUGUGUGUCUGAACUGGAGGGCUCCGACCGCCAAAAACACCACCGCCUUCAGCGUCCUCUACGCUGUGUUUGGGGAAAGAGAUAUGCGCAGAAUUAAUGUCAGUCCCGGCAACAACCGGAUCGUCAUUGAGGGACUAGUUCCAAAAACCAAAUACAUCGCCUGUGUGUGCGUCAAGGGGCUGAUCCCCAAAAAGGAGCAGUGUGUAAUCUUCUCAACAGAUGCAGCGGCGAGCGCUAAUGGAACCCAAAAGCUCAUUAAUGUAGUAGUAAUCACGGUCGCUUGCGUGAUAGCUGUGCCUCUGACUGUGAUCGUGUGCUGCGGGGCGCUUAAGAGGAAAAUUAAGAAGUUUCUGGGCAAGAACUCCAAAGACAUUCAGGACUCAUAUGUGACUUUUGAGACACUAUCUCCCAGCACCAAGGCCAAAGGCUUGGAGGGGGAAUAUCUCACCAGACUGAAUGCUGAGGAGUCCAACAGACUGCUGUCAGCCCGCUCCAGCUUAGACUCUGAGUCCACAGCCAAGAUUGAGGGACAGCCGAAUGAAUACUUCUGCUGACAGUAUCCCUCAGCCACGAUUCCACCACGCAGCCUGCCGUGUAUCCAGGCCCAGCCGCAG